GAGCCAGCACUUACCAUACUGGAUUAGGAGGAUCGUCUCAAAGUUGGUUUGUUGACACAUAUCGAAUACAUGGCAUAGAGUUUGACCGGAUAAUUGGUUGGGAGGCCAACCUAACCGAUCCUAGGGUGCAGUGGAGUUCUACUCCACCUGACGUCAAACAGAAGACAAGCUGGUAUAAUAUCCCAAUAACUGCAAUCGUAGGUGAUGCAGACAACCCACUUACCUAUAUCAAAUCGUUGACCGAAGCCGAUGACUUCGUGGUAUUCAAGUUAGACAUCGAUUCCCCAGAACUAGAAAUCGCAAUUGUGCAACAGUUCAUGGAAGACCCUGAAUUAUUGAGCCUCGUCGACGAGUUUUAUUUUGAACAUCAUGUCACUGGAAGUCCGAUGCAACACUUUGGCUGGGGCAACCUAUCGGACAGUCUGACCGCAGUGCCUUUAAAUAGCAUCACGGACAGUUAUGAUAUUUUCACUUAUCUACGCAGGCACGGUGUACGGGCACACUCUUGGGUCUAAGAAGAAUUAUUUUAUAUUAGACGCAGAUGGCAGCGAUAUGAAAAGGUUCUAACAUCAUGGUAACUCGCACAGUUCGUGCAAUAAUAUAGCUCACGUUAAUCGACAAGCGCAUCAGAAUGGCGGCAACUGCUACCUUCGUGCGAAUUAGUCUUACACGACGGCGCCCGGGCGUUUUAGUGCAGCGCGCGACCUCCACACGCAGUUCGGGCGUUUGUACUAUGAAAACAGCCACCCGGCACACGCCAUGAAAACAUCUCGAGUGGCGUGUUGCCGGCUUCUAAUCGCAACGAACGCUUUCUGGAUAUGGGUGAUCUAUGUUCACCUAUGUAAGUCAGUUGGCGGUGAAUCGAACACUGCGAAUAUUCGUUCGAGAUAUGCAAAUUUCGCUAGAUCGGAUUCCAGCUUUCACGAAAUAGCAAGUAACUUCGGAACUGACAAGGUAAAUCCGCAUCACUAUCACUUGGCGUACGAUAAACACUUGACUCCGAUUCGGCACUCGCGCGUCAAAUUUCUGGAGAUCGGACUGGGUUGUGAUAUGGCUUACGGGGCAGGGCGCUCUGCACAAGUAUGGAAGACGUUUUUCUCCAGUCCACAAGCUGAAAUAUGGCAGGCAGAUGUCGACGUGGGAUGCGUACAGAAAUGGAGCAAUAUGCUUGGUGAUCGAGUUCUGGUUGGCGACCAAGGGAAUUUGACGACCCUGAAAAAAUGGGUUUCCGAAUGUCGCGCCUUCAUGAUACUGUGUAUUUACCCAUGA